AUGGCUCUUUCUGGUGCUGAAAGAGCUCGACGUUGUCGGGAAAAAAAGAAAGCUGCAGGAUUAUCCCAUAAAAUGAAACAGAAAGAUCGGAUGCGUAAAAAAGCAUGUUUAGAAUAUAUUUUUUCAUUAUUAAAAUCUUUAAUACCAUCAUUAGAUGAAAUAAUCAUAAUUAGUGAUGGUAGUUCUUCUCAAUUCAAAAAUCAAUAUUCAAUUAAAGGUUUAUCGAUAUUGGCUAAUCAAUUUAGUAUGACAUUAUCGUGGCAUUUUUUUGCUACUAGUCACGGCAAAGGUGAAUAUUACUAA